AUGGUCAUACAAUUGCCCGGCCAGCAACAUCGUUGGAUACCCAUCAUGAGGAAGACUCAAGCAUUUUGGGGAAGAGAAAGGGUAGGCGACAAUUUCACUUUGAUUCCCCUGAUUUCGCAAUUCUCGCAAACCCGUCAUUAUCAGGAAGCAUACAUGCACAUGUCCCACAAGGUCGGUCGGGAGCUCAGCGGUAUUCUUCUCAAGAAUAUGAAGGGCCCGUGCGACCUGAUUACCAGGAAACCUCCUCCUGUGCCUCAGUUUCUCACGAAAGAUUCCAUGAUCACCUCUUUUAACUGCUCUACAGGUGCCGAAUGGGACCAGGAAACACGCGAGAAGACGAUGGAAGAGUUCUUCAACGCCUUUGUCUCUCGAGUAAGUCAGGCUGGCCAAGAGAGUUUCGGGCUCAAAGAAACCGUGGAGCUGUACAAAUCAAGAGGUAAUCAUCCAGGAUCCACCAAUAGGCUGUAA